AACAGAGCACUGCCCGAGAGAGAGAGAGAGAGAGAGAGAGAGAGAGGCGAUGUGAACACUCUUAGCUGCCAUGAAUAUAAUGGCUGCCGCAAGCAACGCAAAUCUGCUGAUAGCAACGCUAGUUCUCCUUGCCGCCAUAUUGGACCGAGGUAGUUGUGAGGUGGAUGAGAACAUCAUCGAUCUCUCGCACAAAUAUUCGAACACGGCCAUGGUAACGUGGCCGAUGCUAUUGAAAUUCAACAUCAGCGUCGGCUUCAAGGGUUUGACACCAGGUGGCGUCUAUUACGAAGAGAAACGCUUCUGUACGAGCGAGCAUUCUGGCACGCACGUGGAUGCGCCUCUGCAUUUCUACGAGCAUGCUCAGAGCGUUGACAAAAUACCGCUGAAGACCCUGAUCGGUCCGGGAGCCGUCAUCGACGUGUCCGGCAAGACUGAUGAUGACCCAAGCUACGAGGUCACCGUACAGGACAUCUUGGACUGGGAAGCAGAUAAUGGUCGCAUCCCAGAUGGAGCCGUGCUUCUGCUGAACACAGGCUGGCACCGACGCUGGCCGAACGACGUCGAAUACCUCGGCACCAAAGCGGACGUCAAUAACCCGUUCAACCCAGACUAUCGCUGGCCGGGGCUCGCCGGGAAGACGGCUCAGUGGUUGGCCGACAGCAGAAGCAUCGGCGUCUACGGUGUCGACUGCGUGUCGAUCGACUACUCUGGCUCGUCGACGUUUCCCGUGCACAAGAUCUUCCUGAGUCCCGAACACGGGAUCCCGUCGCUCGAGAACGUCGCCAACCUGGAUGCGAUGCCGCCGACGGGCACCCGAGUCUACGCGAUCCCCAUGUACAUCCGCGACGGCACCGGCGCCCCCACGCGGCUGUUUGCGGUGGUAAACGGCGGGCAGCGCCACCUGCCUGCGUUCGGGCUUGUGGCUGUGAUCGUGCUUCUCGCUAGGCGAUGCCUGCUCUAGUGAGGUCGGCAAGGACGUCACCUUUACAACCAUAUAUAGAGUUGUUGUAUUACACGUACGUAUACGUCUUCGCCUGUACGAUAUUGUAAAA